UAACCUCCGUCGAAAUGGACACCGAAGAAGUUGUGGAAAGAAUUCCUGUGGAAAGUCCGCUGAAAAAUCGUCUUCGCCGUCUUUUCUCUGCCAGCCAGAUGUACGAAUGUAUACAGCCUCUGAUGUUCUUGCUCUACUGGCAUGGCCUGAGUCCUUUCUACAUAGCCAACGAUAAAAAUGGCAAAAAGGAGCUGAAGGAAUCCAUGUGGGGUUACAUCAAUGUCGGUGUCCAUAUUUUGGUCUACGGCGCCUGUUAUAUCCUGACUUUAACGAAUGACCACGAAACGGUCGCUGGACAUUUCUUUCAAACGGAAAUUUCAUUCUUUGGCGACUUCAUGCAAAUACUCAGUGGAUUUAUUGGCGUGACUGUUAUUUACCUCUCGGCCAUAUUGCCGAAACAGUAUGUCCAGCAUAGCUUGGCAAUUAUCCAGUUUAUGGAUGACCAGUUGCGUGAGUUGGGCGUAAGGAUACGUUACACGAAAAUCAUACGUUUUAACUACGUGUUCCUGGCAUCGAUGAUUUUGGCAAAUUUGUGUUAUACGAUUGGCUGUAUCUUCAUCUUGAGAUCGGGUGAGAGGAUACCGUCGUUUUCGUUACAUGUCACGUUCGUAAUGCAGCACACGGUGGUGUUGUAUGUUGUAACGGUUUUCGGAUGCUUCACCCGGAUGCUGGAUAUGCGUUUCCAUAUGAUGCAGAAGCCUUUGUUUUUCCUACUCUACUGGCAUGGCCUGGUACCCUUUUACAUCGAUAGCGAUGCGAAUGGCGAGAAACGAAUGAAACAAUCCGCAUGGGGUUAUGUCAAUGUAGCCCUCCACAUCGUUGUCUAUGCGGCCUGCUACACCAUGACGUUGUUGAAUGAUUUCGAAACUGUGGCCGGUUACUUCUUCAGUUCGCACAUCUCACAUUUUGGAGAUUUUAUGCAAAUCCUAAGCGGAUUCCUGGGCGUAAUGGUAAUCUAUUUGACGGCAAUUAUUCCAAAGCAGUAUGUCCAACACAGCAUGGCAGUAACGCAGGAAAUGGACCAUCUGCUCCGUGGCAUGGGCAUCAAAAUAAUGUAUAGUAAAAUAUUGCGCUUCAGUUAUAUUUAUAUUUUGACUAUGGUCACGGCGAAUUUGGCCUAUACCACGGGAAGUUUCCGACUGCUAAGGAAGAUCAAUGAGCGGCCAUCGUGGUCGCUGCAUGUCACUUUUAUACUGCAACAUACUGUAGUGCUGUCGGCGGUGGCAAUGUUUUCCUGUUUUACGCGAAUGAUUGAAAUGCGUUUCAACAUGAUGAAUCAGGUAAGAGGGGGGUUGAAAGAGAAGACAACAAUUUUUAUUUCCCAAAAAUCGUCCUAUUAG